AUGAGGAUGAGUGGCGGCGCUGCAGGCAGCUUCGUGCCAAAACCGGUGGAAGAUCCGGAGGCGGUGCCGGUGGUGGAGGCGCCGUGGCCGGUGAGGGAGAAGAAGGUGUGUAUGUGUCACCGGGCUUUCCUCGCCGCCGGCAGCCUGAUGACGCUGCUGCUCCUGGCGUGCUUCGUCCUCGGCCGGGAUAGCGCGUCGUCAGUGGCCUGGCUGCAGAUCGACGUCGCCAAGCUCACAGGCAUGAACAAUGGAACAGCAGGGCUUACGACGAACGCUCCUCAUGGUCGUGACGACCUCCUCGGCGGGCUUCUGCCGGCGGGCAUGGACCGGCGGUCGUGCCGGAGCUGGUACGAGUCGUGGCGGUACUACAAGUACUUCCCGUACGCGGCGUCGCCGUACCUCCAGCGCAAGCUGCGCGCCUACGAAGCUCGGCACCGGCGGUGCGCCCCCGGCACGCCGCUCUACGCCAAGUCCUUGGAGCAGCUCCGGUCCGGCCGCAGUGCCGACGGCAUGGAGUGCACCUACGUCGUGUGGCUCCCCUUCGACGGCCUCGGCAACCGCAUGCUGUCCAUGGUGAGCGGCUUCCUCUACGCGCUGCUCACCGAACGCAUCUUCCUCGCCGCCUUGCCGCCGGACUCGGCUGACCUCUUCUGCGAGCCGUUCCCGGGCACGACGUGGCGGCUCCCGGUGGACCACGACUUCCCCAUCAAAGACCUGGUCCCACAGGGGCAGCACAUCGACAAGUCGUACACGAGGCUCCUCGACGCCAAGGUGGUCGGCCCGGACGCGAACGCGACGGCGGGCGUGCCGGCGUACGUGUACCUGAGUAUGGGGUGGCAGCUCAAGGACCCGCUCUUCUUCUGCGGUGAGCACCAGCUCGUGCUUGCCAAGGUCAACUGGCUGCUGCUGUACAGCGACCUCUACUUCGCGCAGUCGCUGUACGCGGUGGCCGAGUUCCAGGACGAGCUCCGGCGACUGUUCCCGGCAAAGGAGAGCGUGAGCCACCUCCUGUCCCGGUACCUCUUCCACCCGACCAACCCCGUGUGGAGUCUGACCACCAGGUACUACCGAACGUACCUGGCUUCGGCGAAGCGGAGGAUCGGUGUGCAGAUCAGGAUGUUCAGCUACGGCUCCAUCCCCGCCGACGACAUGUACGCCCAAAUCCUCUCGUGCUCGCGACAGGAGCACAUACUGCCCGAGACCGACGGCGGCGGCGGCGGUGCUAGUGACAAUGGCGUGCUGGCAACGAGGAGCGACGACAAUGGCGAUGGCUCCAACUCCACGGCCAUCUUGGUGGCGUCUCUGUACGCGGACUACUACGAGAGGUUGAGGUCGAGGUACUAUGAGCACGCGGCGAAGGGCGGCGAGACGGUGGCCGUGUUCCAGCCGUCGCACGAGGAGCGGCAGGCGACAGACAACUUGGCGCACAACCAGAGAGCGCUCGCGGAGAUCUACUUGCUCAGCUUCUCUGAGGAGCUUCUCAUAUCGGGGAGGUCCACGUUCGGGUACGUCAGCAGCAACCUCGCCGGCGUUCGGCCGACGAUCUUGCUCACCGCGUAUGGCCACAAGGUUCCCGAGCCGCCGUGCCGGCGGGCCGUGUCCAUGGAGCCGUGCAACCUCACGCCGCCCCUGGGUGUGGAGUGCCGGGGCAAGCCUGUAGACAAGGAGGACCUGGCACGCCACCUCAGAGUCUGCGAGGAUUCCAAUGACUCAGUUAAGUUUUUUGACUAA